CAGCUGUUUUUGUCGCUAGCCCUGGUUUGGGAAAAUUUCACGGCCAACAACCGAAAUUCGCGGUCAAAAUUCGCGGAAGUGAGGUCUUUAGUUUUAUGUAAUGUUUAGGUGACGCGGAAUUAUCUCCUAGAACUGCGCUAAUUGUCCCACUCUGCCAUGUUCACCUACCACCUCGGGCUAGUGGUCCGCUGCGCGCGGCAGAAGCCGCUGUUCCUUUGGGCGCCCGCCUGCCACAUGAGCGGUCUCAGUCCGCUGAAGGAAUACGAGAAGCGUGUUAGUUCUGGCCAACUGAUGACCGACAACAGGCAGCUGCAGACGAUGAAGGAGCUGGAUGCGCUGUAUCACAAGAUUCAGGGGUAUAAACCCAGUUAUAGGUCGGGCAGCGGUGGAGGCGGAGGAUUCUUCAGCUCUCUCUUCGGUAGGAAAUCCUCCCCCGAAGACGACGAUCAGGAUGAUCCUAACGCUGGCAGUCACGCUCCCCAGGGCCUGUACCUGUACGGCAGCGUGGGAGUCGGCAAGACCACUCUGAUGGACCUCUUCUUCGACUGCUGCACCCAGAUUGAUCGCAAGCAGCGCGUCCAUUUCACUUCGUUCAUGAACAGCGUUCACACCCGCAUCCAUGAGGCCAAGCAAAGACAAGGACCCGUUGACCGGGCCUUCAACUCUGAGAAGCCAGCACCCUUUGAUCCCACAAGACCGGUUGCCGACUUGAUCGCCAGCGAGUCCUGGUUGAUAUGCUUUGAUGAGUUCCAGGUAACGGACAUAGCCGACGCCAUGGUGCUAAAGCGAUUGUUUACCCACCUUUUCCGCCAUGGCAUUGUGGUUGUGGCCACCAGCAAUCGGCAUCCAGAGGAUCUGUACAAGAACGGACUGCAGCGCACGAACUUUCUACCCUUCAUUGCGUUGCUUCAGCGUCGCUGUAAGGUGUCCCAAUUGGAUUCCAUUGACUACCGACGGAUAGCCCAGUCUGGCGACACCAACUACUUCGUCAAAGGCCAAACGGAUGCGGAUGGCAGUAUGAAUCGCAUGUUCAAGAUCCUGUGCGCCGAGGAAAACGAUAUUAUCCGGCCGCGAACCCUGACUCAUUUUGGACGAGAUCUGACCUUCAAUCGCACGUGUGGUCAAGUGCUGGACAGCACCUUCGCGGAACUCUGUGAUCGCCCUUUGGCUGGCAGUGAUUUUUUACAGAUAUCGCAAUUCUUUCACACCGUCCUCAUCCGUGAUGUGCCCCAACUGACCCUCGAUGUGAAGGCGCAGAUGCGACGAUUUAUUACGCUCAUAGAUACCCUUUAUAAUAACCGUGUGCGUGUGGUGAUAUCGUCCGAUGUUGCACUGGAGAAUUUGUUUAGCUUUUCUGGAGGUUCCAAAACUCUAUCUGAUUCUGAACGGACCUUAAUGGACGACUUAAAAAUAAACGAAUCCAAAUCCAGUUUCUUCACCGGCGAGGAAGAGUUGUUCGCCUUCGAUCGCACACUAUCUCGGCUCUACGAAAUGCAGAAGCGGGAGUACUGGGAGCAGUGGGCCAAACAUCGAUGAAUCCCUAUGUCACAAACCAGUAGUUCAAUUAGCGCUAUUAAAUUAUAUGUUUUCUACCUCGGUGUUGCGGAAAUUUAACAUCCAGAAUAUCUUGUACUUACAACUUUCAUAUCAAAAAUGCAAUAUUAAGAAUAGGUGCAACUUGCAAGUAUUAAAGCAAUAAAAGUAGACAAAGUUA